AUAUUUUGACUUCCGGAAUUGUAUAUAUUCUGGCGCGCGUCGGACGUCACUUGUUUCUUGUUUACCUCGGGAUGUGAUGUGAUGAAGGGAAGAUAAUAUUGGUGCCUGAUGAGUCCCGAUUGUGUUGGUGGAGCCAGUGGGGAGAUGGUGUUCGAGUGGAGCAAUUACUGAUGUGUCCCAGUCAAAUUACCUAUUAAUAAUGUAUAAACGAGGCUUUUGUUCGAACAAUAACAUGAGACAUACAAGAACUAAAUUAAGGUUAAUUGUACCAUGAUCUAGAUGGAACAGGAGUACCAAUGUGUGGAGUGUGUGUGAAUUAGUGAUGGGGACGUGUUGUUGCAAGACACAGCCUGAGCCUGGCAGUAAUGAUGACAUCAUCAUCAACAGAGAAGAUAUAGAGUUCAUUUCGGGAUCGGUCAGCGAAGAUGGCAUCAACAGUACAGCUCUCUCGAAUCUUACGGACAAGUUUGUGUUGGACACUGUGGCAGUCAUAAGGACCUUAGUGGACAAUGAUCAGGAUCCUCCACCCUCAAUGCUUCAGCUGCACUCCAUAGCAGACAAGGAAGCUGGUUGGCUUGUAGUUGUGCGGUCGAUGGUGCAAGUAAUUCCCCUGAAUGACCCUCUUGGGCCAGCUGUCAUCACACUCCUGCUGGACGACUGCCCAUUACCCAGCAAGGAAACAGUCGUUCAUCUGAGCAAGUUUUUCAAGUUGGGUGGCGAUAGUGCAGGGGAUAGUUGGAAGGAGCCCCGCCUUCAUCGCAACAUUUGUGUUGUCUUGGGGUGUAUUGCUGAGAAACUUGCUGGCCCAGCCUCCAUAGCACUGCUCACCCACACUACCCUCCAGUACUUGGUGGCACACUUGAAUGAGAGUAACCAUCCGUGUGUGAUCCUCUUCGCACUGAUAGCCCUCGAGAAGUUUGCCCAGACGAGUGAGAACAAGACGAGUAUCAGGCAGUGCCUCAGUCAGGGUGUGUGUAACCCACUUAGGACGCUAGAAUCAUGGAUGAAUCACACAGACUUUGUGCACCGCCAAGUUGGUUUCUGUGCACAAUGGUGUCUUGACAACUUGUUUAUAUGCGAAGGCCGUCCAUACUCCUAUGAAAAUGUUGAUACAACUCACCUAAAUGCUAUGUUAAAUAACAAUGACGUUAGUGAAUACCUCAAAAUCUCUCCUGAUGGAUUGCAGGCACGCUGUGAUGCAUCAUCAUUUGAAAGUGUUCGGUGUACGUUCCAAGUUGAUACAGGAGUGUGGUACUAUGAAGCCACUAUUAUAACUGCUGGUGUGAUGCAGAUAGGCUGGGCUACGAAAGACAGCAAGUUUCUCAAUCAUGAAGGAUAUGGGAUAGGUGAUGACGAGGUGUCUGUAGCUUAUGAUGGAUGCAGGCAAUUGUUUUGGCAUAAUGCCCAGAGUGAGAGUCACACGCACCCAAGCUGGCAGCCGGGUGACGUGCUCGGUUCCCUCCUGGACCUAAACAAGGCUCAGGUCAUCUUCUAUCUCAACGGUGAUCCUUUACCACCUCUCACCCAAGUCUUUAAAAAUGCAACUUGUGGAUAUUUUGCUGCUGCCAGCUUCAUGUCCUUCCAGCAGUGCGAGUUCAACUUCGGAAAAAAAUCGUUCAUUUAUCCCCCAAAGGACAUUCCCUUCCAGAGCUUUAAUGACCAUGCCUAUCUCAAAGACAGUGAGAAGAUUAUAUUACCCAGACACAUCAGGCUUCAGAAGCUGCGUGCCAUGAGUGUCGAGGAAGGAGCGUGCACUCUGUGUUUUGAUGAGAGUGCCGCUGUUACUCUCCUGCCAUGCACUCACAGAGGGUUCUGCAACAGAUGUGCUCUGCAACUAGAUUAUUGUCCUAUGUGUCGGCGGCAUAUUGAGGAGAGAAGAGAAGUGGAGGAGAAGCCAAAUGCUGAGGAGGAUGUCACAUGACCCACGGAAUAUACUGACACCACCUUGAAGACAUUUCCAUCACAGAUAGCCUGAAUCCUGGAGAUUGGUUGAACACGUAGCUGUUGAAAGUUACCCUGUACAACAGUGUAGUGGAACUGUGGCUGUUUUGUACAAAAUUUACUUUGAUCAUUGAUUUCAAAAUGGUCAUGGGAUGUUGCAGCCAAUUAUUGAUAAAUGCGCACGAGUAUAAUGGGAAGACACCUGCAGAACUGACUUUCUAAGUUUUUUAUAUAAUUGUUAUGCAUUACAAUGUUAAUUAUUUACCCUUAAAUGUGGUGGUCAGCUCUGCAUUGUCCUUUUGCUAUCUGGAUACCUUUUAUAGGAAUCAAAUAGAUUAUAAUAUUAUAAGUAAUGUAGGUAGAUGAUGAGCAUAGGCAUUACUAAAUAGAAUGAUCUGUAGCCAGUAAAUAUGCUCUUUUUUUUUUUUUUACUUAAUUUUAUUAAAUGUAUCCUGUUAUUUAAUUUAUAUAUUCAGUUGCUUUAGCGACAUCUGACUUGUCAUCUUGUUGACAACAAAAAUUUUUUGCAUUUAUAUGUGUCGUAUCAGCCAAGCUUAUACAAAUGAUAUUUAGGAUAUCUUGAGCAGCUGUGAUUGAGAAGUUAACACUUUGCAUCACACAUGAGAAAAAGUUGAUGGCCUUCUCUUAACAUUGAAAGAAUUGAGCAUUGGUGACAUGAUAUAUUAUGAUCAUUCUGUUGGCCCGGGCUUUUACCGCACGACGCCAAGCUCAUAUUAUUGCUAACCCAGACAGUGAGAUUCAGUGUAAAAGAAUUUAGCAUUUCUAAAUGUACAGUAAGUGUAAAGAACAUUUAUUUUAAAUCUUGAAAAUUAUGCUACAUGUUGUUUUGUGCUACUGCCAUGUGUUGGUCACUCAAAGACAGAUUUGGUGUAGUUAGAAAUUGAGUCAUUUGUAUUUAGUAUAUUUCUCAAGUAUUGAGAAAAGUAAGAAAUCAUUUGUCACAAUUUUAUUAUAGCAUUUUGGGUUUUCAGAUUUUUUAGUAUUAAAGUGUGAGAAAGAGUGUAAUCUGGAGUGAAAGAUGUUACUUCUGCCUGAGGAUCAGUAUUGGUUACAAUUUGGCCGUGCUUGCAAGGACAGGUAAAUAUAACCUUAGCGUAUUGAAAAAAAAGGUAAUUUAAAGUAUUACUCUCUAUAUGGUGGUACAGUACGUUAUAUACUGACCAAACAUUGUUAAAGAGCAUAAAGGAUGGUGUCGUGUAAAAGAACCUGUAAUUGCAGCAGUUUGAACGACCUGUGUGAAGUGUGAUGACUGCUGUGUGCGAGUACACCUGAACAAUCGCCUGCAUGUGUCUGUUGACGUGUGGUUACACAAGGACUAUACAGUGCCCUCUAGGUUGGCAACCAGGCCCUAAAAUAACAAUACCCACUUUCAUUUGUUAUGGCUUUUAUGCACGGAAUGUAUUCUUAAGAUGUUCUAGAUUAUGAAAUGUACAUAAAUGUAGAGAUGGUAUCCAGCCAGCAAUGACACAGUGCACGUUCUCGCGAGUGAUGGCUCCAGACGUUUGGGACGGCCGGUAGAUCAUAGAUUACUUCCAUGGUUGAAUUAGAUGUUCUUGAUUCAUGUUCAGAAGAAUCUUUUAAUUGUGGUUCUUUUUAUAUGUAAUUCUAUCGCUUUUUUAUUGGAACUGUAUAUAUGUAAAUAGGUUUUCAGGGGUGAUGUUGAGAAAAUAUGUUGUAAUUUCUAUAUCUUCAUGCAGACAUGUGUUGCAAACUAUUUCUUUUGUGCAUACAUAUGUUGCAAGCAGCAUAUCUUUGAGAAGACAUGUUGCAAGCUGUCUCUCUUCAUGUAGAUAUGUGUUGCAAGUGGUGUCCUUUCAUGCAGACAUGUUGCAAGUGGUGUCCUUAUGUGCUGACAUGUUGCAAGUGGUGUCCUUUCAUGCAGACAUGUUGCAAGUGGUGUCCUUAUGUGCUGACAUGUUGCAAGUGGUGUCCUUUCAUGCAGACAUGCGUUCAUUGAAUUCCUUCUUUUUCUCAUUAGUCAUAAUUAAGCCUGCUUUAUAUAUAAUACAUCAGUUAUAAAAACAAAUAAGACUUUUCACACACACAUUCAUAUUGAACAACAGUCCAGUAACCAUGUACAAGCUAAUCAGAAGGUGGAAUGGAAUAAAAGUGUUUUAGGUGUUCCGGUUGCAGCCUUGAUCGCCCCUUUGUUGAAGGGAAUUAUUCUAGCAAUACCAGGAUGUGUGCAUAUUGCAGAGGAUAACUCGUGCAGUAUCAGGAUGUGUGCAUAUUGAGGAGAUAACUCCGAGAGUUCCUGGAGGUACUGUCACUGUAUUCAUUAAUACCGUAUUGCUUUCUCUCAUUUGCAUUGCCAGAUUAUUGCUGUUAUUUACAAAACUACUUCCAAUAACCAAUUAGAAUAUAUAUACUGUAUAGCAUGUUUGUAUAUUGAAUAAAGCAUGUGUUGUUAAAUAUUUUUGCUGCUCUAAAUAAAUGUGACAAAUGUGCAGAACAGCUGAAAAGUUGAAGUUAAGGUUUUAUGUAUCAUCAUCUUGAUGGGGUCUCAUCAUGUUGGUUAUCUACUUGGUGGGCCUCAUCAUGUUGGUGAUCAUCUUGAUGGGGGUCUCAUCAUGUUGGUUAUCAUCUUGGUGGGCCUCAUCAUGUUGGCUAUCAUCUUGGUGGACCUUAUCAUGUUGGCUAUCAUCUUGGUGGGCCUCAUCAUGUUAGCUAUCAUCUUGGUGGGCCUCAUCAUGUUGGCUAUCAUCUUGGUGGGCCUCGUCAUGUUGGUUAUCAUCAUGGUGGACCUCGUCAUUUUAGUUAAUAAUUUACAAGCAUUUUAAUUUGAAAAAUUAUUAAAUUGAAUAUGUACAGUAUACAUUUUUAUUUUAGAAUACAGUAGUCACUGUGUGGUACUUGUUACCCCUUGAUUAUACAGUAUGUGUUUUAUUUUUGUCAUGUUUUAUAGCUAACAAUUAAAGUUUAUAUAAA